CCCCCUCCUCAGCCAGGGUCGCACGCUGUUGUGGUGAGGAGAGCUCGCGCUGUCUAUCUCAAGCAGCUGUUGGUGUGGAGUAGUAAACCGUGUGGCUCCUUUUACUUGGGAAUCAUGCAGAGAGCCUCACGGCUGAAGAGAGAACUUCAGAUGCUAGCCACAGAUCCUCCCCCAGGCAUUACAUGCUGGCAGGAAAAGGACCAAAUGGAAGAUCUUCGAGCUCAAAUAUUAGGUGGAACCAACACACCUUAUGAGAAAGGUAUUUUCAACCUGGAAGUUAUCAUUCCUGAGAGGUACCCAUUUGAACCUCCACAAAUCCGAUUUCUGACUCCUAUCUAUCAUCCAAACAUUGACUCUGCCGGAAGGAUUUGUCUAGAUGUUCUCAAAUUGCCACCGAAAGGUGCAUGGAGACCAUCCCUCAAUAUUGCUACUGUGUUGACCUCUAUCCAGCUGCUCAUGUCAGAACCUAACCCUGAUGACCCACUCAUGGCUGAUAUUUCCUCAGAAUUUAAAUAUAACAAGCCAGUUUUCCUCAAGAAUGCCAGGCAGUGGACAGAGAAACAUGCAAGACAGAAACAGAGGGGCAGUGAAGAAGAGGUGCUUGAUGAUUUACCCAAGACCAGUGACUCUGAAGUAUACAACUCAAUACAGAAGAGGAAGGCCAGGCAGCUAGGAGGCGUAGAAAAGAAAUUUCACUCUGAUGUUCAAGAGGUUUUUCUUGAUCCGUCUUAGUUAAUACGUUCUUUUGACAAGGUCUCAUUUGCUUACUUUUCUUGAAUGUUUUUCUUUGUAUUUGGUGACAUGAUAAUUUUUGUAUACAUAUCCUGAUCUACAGAUAUUCUCUUGAAUUUAUUUUAUUUAUCUUGUACAUAUGUUUUGAAACCUUUUUAACCUGAAAAAUAAAUAAUCACUUGAUGU